CAGUAGCUUGGCGGUGGCCCGGCCUUGCCAGCUCCAACACCAAUUGCGCCUUUGAAUGUGCCGGGGCUGGCAGAAUGGAGAGAGCCCUCCAUGCUGCCACUCCCUUGGCUUGGGCGUGCCCGCUCGUGGGGCCGUAAAUGACGGCAGAAUAAAAAGUGUUUUGCGUAUAAACCGGGCUAACGAGUCCCGGUUGUCAUGAAUCGCGGGGUAGGACGUGCCGUUGCUUCACCCUCACUACUUGCGACGAACUUGGUUGAACGGGCACAAACGGACAAAAGGAAAUACAUACAGAACGAAAGGAGCCAGGUUCCUUCUAGCACCGGUUAUCGUAUUGUCGAGAACUCCCUGUGGGACACAAGACUGAAGAAAUGGCGACCAACAUCACCUGGCACGAGGGCCUGACGAGGCGAGAGCGCGCCGAGCUGCGCGGGCAGCGCGGCUUCACGAUAUGGUUCACGGGCCUGUCGGCGUCGGGCAAGUCGACGGUGGCGACGGCGCUGGAGCAGCACCUGCUGCACCUGGGGCUGGCCGCGUACCGGCUCGACGGCGACAACGUGCGCUUCGGGCUGAACCGGGACCUGGGCUUCUCGGAGCGCGACCGCAACGAGAACAUCCGCCGCAUCGCCGAGGUGGCCAAGCUCUUUGCCGACUCGGCGACCGUCGCCAUCACGUCCUUCAUCUCGCCCUACCGCGCCGACCGCCAGACGGCCCGGGAGCUGCACGCCGCCACCGCCGCCGCAUCGGCGCAAAGUGGUGGUGGCGACGACGCGCUCGAGUUUGUCGAGGUCUACGUCGACAUCCCCAUCGAGGUCGCCGAGCAGCGCGACCCCAAGGGCCUCUACAAGAAGGCCCGCGCCGGCGAGAUCAAGGAGUUCACCGGCAUCUCGGCCCCCUACGAGGCCCCACUCAACCCCGAGAUCACCAUCAGGACCCACGAGAAGUCGGUCGAGGAGUGCGUCGCCCAGAUCGUGCAGUACCUGCAGGAGAAGGGCCUGGUCAAGGCGGCCGGCAGCAGCUGAAGGGCGUGCAGCGCGGUAGACUCUCUUUCCCCCCCGUCGAGGGCGGUAUUCCUCCAGGAAAAUGAAAACAAAAAGAUUUAGACCCACGCACACAUACACAUGCAUUGCGCAUAGAUAAACAUGAAGAAACAAGACAUAUGGCAAACCGGAGGGAAAUAAACAAGAAUCAAAUGUAUGCAUGCCAGUCCCUGACAGUCGGCUGUUC